AUGGCUGGCGUGCUCGACGGAUUGAUCUCAUCCCGGCGGAUUCGACCGUCCAGGUCGCGAUCAGAGUCGGCUAAGCAACUCCACGCUCGAUGGGGCGAUGUUGCAAUCACGGCUCCCAACGGCGGAUGGACCCAGCAUUAUCUCGACGACGACCUUAACACUGUCACCUAUCAAGCCCACGGUAGCCCGGACUCGCAGAAAACCCUCGUCAACAAUUCCCCGGACCUGAGUUUCAAGGACGAGAUCGAAAAGGUGGUCGCCAUAGAAGCCAUCAGAGGCCAGACCCCGCCAAUCAUCCAGAAGGAUAAAAGUGCAAUCACCAUCACCAUCCCUUUACCAUGGAGCCGGAAGUCACACCGCAGAUCAUCCUCGGCGAGCAGUCAACAACAGCAACAACUCCAACUCCAACAACUCCAAGCCCAGGCGGCCCAAGUGGUAGACAAGGUGGUAACAGCCGAAUCACGACCAGUUCGCCCCAGUGUUAUCAGCAACAUUGACGAAAUCAUUGUCGCCGAGUCCAGGCCAGCCACCGCCGACCCAUUCCGAGCAGACUCGCCCAUCAUCCACACUCAGUCACCGGUCUAUGACGAUGUCAGCACCUUCUUCACGAGGGCUGUCUUCCCGGAAAAACAUCCAGGCCCUACUCGGCUGCCUCAGAUCCAGACCUCUGUGCCGCCCAACAAGAGCCAACCCGCUUCGGCCCUCUCGAUUCUGAGUCCCGUGGCAGAGAAGUACAACGGGCUCUCGGAGAGCAACAAUGCCACUCCCAUGGACAACACCCCGAUCGCCCAACAUAUCGUUUCUGCCAUUCCUGUUGGUCGUGAUGGGCAGGUUGACAUGGCCAGCUUGGCCGGCCGGUUGGAGACCCACGCCCGCCGCACAACACCUCCAACUCUACCAUCAGACAAUGCUCUUGACACCGCGUUCGAGAGACCAGAUUCCCGCAGUACUGCCAGGAUCCCUUCCCGACCGUCCUCUCGAGGGCCAGGCAUUGGUGAGGUGGCCUACAUGCGAGCGUCGUCCCGAGGAGCCCCCGAGAACACUGGUGGGCGUCGGUCUGCUUCGCGAGAACCUGUUGCUAGACGGGCUGGUUCGGUGGAACCGCACCGACAGAGGGCUCCGUCGAGAGAAGCCCUAAGAAGACGCGCAGACUCCCCCGUGCGAAGCACGACUAGCCACUCUUUCUCCCGUCGAAAUGCGUCUUGUGAACCAGUUGGGCAACGCUCUGACUCUCCUCCAUUGGUAAGCCGUCGAGCUCUGUCCCGCGAACCGGCUGUCCGGCGCGCGGAGUCUCCAGAACCCAAAACCCGCCGAGCUCUGUCUCGUGGACUGGGUGUUUAUGGGUCUGCCGUCGCCGCCGCCUCACCAGAUGAGAGCACUGCUCGUAUCUUCUCCGAUGAUAGACCGGUGCGUCCUCGCGCAGAGUCUCCCGGCCCCAGCACUCGACGAGCACACUCCCGGGACGCCUCUUCCCGCCGCAACCGAGAGGUCUCUCCACCAGGCUACAGCCGUCGAGCGCUGUCUCGCGAGCCAUACACCCGUCGUCGAAUCUCGGCGGAAUUUUCUCAGCGGGCCGUCUCCGUCGACCCCAUCGUGCGCCGCACCAGCCCUAGAGCCGACUUUGUCGUCCCAUCACGCCACGCCAGUCCUCGAAACGACGAUGGCAGCAUCUUCACCCGCCAUGCCAGCCCCAGAGAAGACAUGAUUCCGUCGCGCCGCGGCACGCCGGUCGUCGGAUUGGCGGAUAGAGAUAGAGACCGGGACAGCACUCCGGACUCGUCGAUCUUCCAGGACUUGCUGACGCCAGACGAAGCGACCGACAUUGAGACCGAGACGGAGGAGAUGUACUUUGAAUCACGCAAGGGGUGGAACGGCGCCGCCGUGGCGCCGGGCAUCUCCAGCCGCGGGUUCUACGGCGACGUGGUCCAGGACUACAAGCUGAUUGCUCGGGACGUCGAGGCCGAGAUGGCGGGGUCCGAGGUCAACCUGAUCAAGAAGGAUAACCAAAAGGAAUCCUACAAGCCCAAGGGCGAGCUUGUCAGGGAAGAUGUGUACCAAGGGCCGGUGCUGGUGCCGCCGCAGGAGGAACUAUGGGGAUGA